AGCAGCGAGAGUUAAGAUGCGCAUGCGUGGGAUGGAGGUCUGUCGGGAAGCGGGUCAGUUUGAAGCUGCAAGAGGAGCUCCAUGGAAACCAGGCCGCGGGACAUCAGGGUCUGUCGGGACUUAAGAGGCGCCUUUGCCCGCCCGGCGGGGCGUCCGGCCAACCAGCUCUUAUCGUGGCAGAAAGAGCUGCCUUUGUAAGUGAAGAUGCCCAGCUCUGAAUCUGGGACCUCCAGUUGCACCUGGGCUGGAUGGCUGAGAUGUGGACCUUCCUUUGGUAAUCAGCGUUGAAGGAUAAUAGCUGAAAGCUGAGACUGGGAUGGCAAGACCAAUAAUUUCCCCAAUGGAUGUCCAGCCAACGGCUCCUGAAACCUUUGUUGUGCUAAACCAAAGAAUGAAAGUAGCUGAAGAGGAGGCCAAUGCACUGUUGAAUGAUCUCCAGAAAUUGGGUGUGAAUAGACACAGCAUGGAAUUCCUCUCUUCGCAACACAUGGUGAACUCUGAAGAUCACCAGUCCAUCAGCCCCAUCCAAGUUCGAACAGCAUUUGUUGGGGCAAAUGACACACUGUGGAAAACCUGUGAAUCUCUGGUGAAUCGGAUAUGCCGGCUUGAGAGUGUCACCCAGACCCUAAAACUGAACAUGUUCCGGCUGCAAACAGAAAAGGAAUUGAAUCCAAAGCAUGCAGCCAAUUUAGAACAGCGACUGAAUAAAGUACAGGAGGAGCACAUGGAAGAGCUAAAGGUGCUGCAAAUGGAAGGGAGAAUGCUAUGCCAGCAGCUGAGGGAGUCCCGCCAAGAGGAAGAAAAAGCUAGAGACCAAGUGCAGAGGCUGAGCGCUGCCCUAGAAAUUGCAACUGCAACCAAGAGAGAUGUAACUAUUGCAGCUGAAGAACUGAGAACAACGAAAGAAAAGAUGAACAACGAACUGCAAGAGAUAACAGAAACAUUAUCCAAGGAGUCCAGCUCACGAGAGUCUUUGGAACAAGCCCAGGUUGUCCUUUUUUAUCAGAUGCGCGAUAUGGAAGCAAUGGUGGAAAAAGAACGGAAGCAGGUUCACAUUCUGCAGCAGGACUGUAGCAGUCUACGCAGUGAUAUUCAGCUAUCUCAGGAGCGAUUGCAGAAGGAAGAAGAGAAGAUAGUUCAGUUAGAGCAGGAAUGUGUAAAUCUUAAAGCUGAUCUAGAAUCCCGAGACAAUACCAUUUCCAGGUUAAGUGAAGAAGUGCAAACCACACAGCUAUCUUUGAACACAGCACAAAACGAGAAUACACAGCUUCGAUCAGAAAUACCUACUUUACAAGAGGUAGCAAGUAAGGCACAGGUGCUUAAUGAGCAGUUGGCUCAGAAGUGCACAGAACUAAGUAAUGCUCUUCAAAAAGCUACUGAGGAAAGUGCUCAACUUAGCUCAGAUCAUCAGGCUGCUCUUCAGGUGGAACAAGAAAAAAUGAACCAGAAGCUGCAGGAACAAGACUUGAUUUUGGAUGCUGCUCGAGCCAGUGUUACGGGAGAGCUGCAGAUUGUGCAGAAAGAAAAAGCUCAGCUCCAGAAAGAAAUAGAAGUCUUGCAAGCUGAGCACGCUGAAUGCAAGCAGAGAGACCUUAAAGAAGAAGUCAUUGCCACUGAAAAAAAACUCCUGGAGUCUACAGUUGCCCAGAUCCAAAAUGAAUUGGAGACAGUUCUACAGGAGCGAGAUUCUCUGCUGAAGGAGAAAAAGAUACUUGAAGAAGAGUUGCAGAAAACAAUACAAGAAACAAGAAGAACAAAUGAAAGGUUGGAAGCAGAACUAACAUUGGAAAUUAAUCCUCCGAAAGAGUCAGUGAAAGCACUGGAAGAAGAACAUAAGAUAUUGGAGCAGGAAGCUGCACUGGAGCAACAAAAGGUGAGAGUGCAGCAGCUGGAAGAAGAGCUGCAGUCGCUCAUAUAUGUGCAAUCAGAAAAUAAUCAGCUCUGCAAACUGUGUACAGUCCUGAAGAUUAAGUAUGAUCAGGUACUCCAGAACUGUAAUAGACAUAAAGCCACAACAUUUAUAGUGAAAAUGCCUCUUAAAAAAAGAAAGUCUUCUGAACAUUGCUGGCAGCAGAAGCCCAGUGACCAUUUUAGGUCAUGCCUGGCCUGUAAUGUAAAGGGCAACCUGGAACUCGGGGAACGAGCUUCAGCCCUGUAUUCCCCCACGCGUAGAGUUCGUUUUGUGACUGAUCUGACUGGAAGGGAGUCUGCCUCUGACUGUGGUGAUAAUCACAGAGCCUCUUCGCAUACUUCCUUCAGAGUUGUCAAGGCUGUGGAUGAAAAGCUGGAACGAAAAAGGAAAAUCAGUGGCUGCAAACAAUUAGAAACUGAUUGGGAUGUAGCUAGCGAGCAAACAGAUCUCCAGAGGACACGGUCUCUCCUUGUCUGUAGAGAGAAGGCUUUUUCUGGGUCAGUCAAAUCCUGUGAUGCAGCAUUAAGAGAGAACCAGAAGCUCAGAGAGCAAAUAGGUGCCACUGAAGAAAGAGAGAAGCGCAAGCUGGCAAAUCUACAACACAAGCUGGAAUCAUCAAAGGAAGAUAACAUCAAAAUGACCGCAAUGCUAGAAAAUGUGUUGGCUUCUCAUAACAAGAUGCAGUUAGCUCUGGAAAAGGUGCGAACUGAAUUGGGGCACAAAGAUUCUGAGAUUGCUGGCUUGAAGAAAGAUAGGGCCCAGACACAGCAGAGGAUUCAAGAACUGGAAGCGGAGCUGGAGGAAUGUCAGGGCAAGCAGGUUUUGGACUCCCAGCGCAAUGCAAAGAUGAAAUCACUUCGCAAUGCCCUGGAAGCCUCCAAAAUGGACAAGAAGAAACUUGUCCAAACUUUAGAGCAAACCCUGCAGACCAAUAGUGCCCUGCAAAGCAAACUCUUGCUUGUUCAAGAUGAGUUGGAAAGCAAAGCAGCAGAAGGCCAGCAAUUAAUGGAAUGCAGGGACCAGCUCAUUGAAGAAACCAAGAGGGAGACCAAGUUCUAUACAGAUCGCCUUGAGACUCUGAAGAAACAGUUUCAGACUGAACGAGAAGUAGCGAAGAAAGCAGCCCAUAAAGAAUCAGCCGAGUUCAAAAAAGCUCUUGAAGAGGCUUGCUGUAAAACUAGCGAAAUACUACGCUGUAACAAAGAACUGCGGGCAAAAGUGAAGGAACUGGAAUCCACAUUGAGUAGUCAGAAGGAAAAGGUAAAAAGGCAGAAAAUAUUGAUCACCCAGUACUUCAACUCCAAGACCAAUAAUACACAAAAUGCAGAGAAAAUCAAGGAGAUUGAAUUGGAACUGAGGCAAAUGGAAGAGCUGAAGGAACUAUACCAGAAGAAAAACUAUGAGCAGUCCCUCAGUAUCAAAGAAUUUGCCACCGAAUUAACAAGUCUACAAAGUGAGAUGCAGCAACUGGCCAAAAAUCAACAAUUGAUGGAAAAUCAGCUGGAAGAAGAAAGGAAACAACGGAAACAGCUUGAGGAAGAGUGCCAGACUUUGGAAGACACCAUUAGACAGCUCAAGAAAUGCAAGGAGGCUACUGAAGAGAAACUAAAAGAAGCCAGCAUUGAGUCUGAACAGAUAUCUGCUAACCUGGAAGAAGCUCAUCACUGGUUCAAGUCCAAGUUUGAUAGUUUGCAGCGGGAGCUAGUCAAAAACCAGAAACGGGGGCUGGAUGAGCGAAGUGAAGAAGAGAAUACACCAGUGAAGAUCCCUAGCCAGGUCUGCCUAAAGCGGUGGGAGACCAAAAAUCAUCUGAAGUUCAUCUCCAGGAAGUAUUUAACAGAACAAAAUAAUUGAUGACCUGCUUAUCCAGGAGGUUCCAGGCUGUAAGAGAUGACCCUGCACCUGUGAACACCAUGGCUCAGAUCCAGGGCCCCACUAAUGGUGAUCAUAGCUGGAAGAAGCCAAAGGGCAGAUCAUUUCAUGUGAUCAUCCACAUACUGAUGUUAGCAGAGGAGAUCCUCUAUGAACUAGGAAUGCUCUACACUAAUGAAGAAAAGUCCUUAAGUAGUAGGCUUCAACUACCAAGUCUUAAGAAUGCCUCUGUGGAACUUUUCAGUCCGGAAAACUUCAAGUUUUAUUAAAAAUAAAUUAUGUGCCCCAAUCCUAAGAUCUUCCUGAGCAAAUAACUUCCACUUUCAAAGCUACACAUAGGAUGCAAAUCUACACAGGGGAUAAGUGUACAGAAUCAGCCGUGUUACUCUAUAUACACACUAUAUGCUGUGAUAUGCCUAAUAUAAAAUUACCAGUUAUGCUUUAUUUGCAAUUCAAGAAAGGAAAACGAUUUGGCUUUCUUUCUUUCUUUCUUUCUAAGUGGCAGCUCUGAAGCCUUGACCAGGCUAAUUUGUAGAUGAGGCUGGCCCCCAAAUAUGCCUUCCUAUACAGGAUAUUUUUCACAAAGGGGAGUCUUCAUCAGCCUUCUCAAUACAAGGCAUAGUUUUGAAUAAAUACAUCACCUCCUGAGAUAAACUCUCAUGAGAGAAAAGAUGACAGAAAUACUUUCCAUAACUACUAAAACUAUAGUAACAAAAUUCAAAAUUGAAUCAACUAUUUUUUAAACAAAAAAUGUUCCAUUAUCUGCUCUUACCUGCUUUUUCAUAAUUCUCACCAGUCAUUAUUUAUCUGGGAAUUGAACUGUUCAAUAUCAGCUAAGAAAACAAUAUAAAAGCCAGAAAGUUAGCCUUUUAUAUCAUUGGCGAUUUUUAUAUUUAUAUACAUGAACUAAAAAAAAAUCAGUGUUUCAUUAAAAAUAAUCAUUAAACAAGUAGGUCAUUUGACAAUUCACUGAACUAGAAAAUAUUUGCUCAGGCCUCCAAAUGAAAGCCUUACAGAGAAUCAUUUCACAAACAUCAAAGCAACUGGCCUGGCCAACAAUUUUCACCCUAAAUCACCCUUCCCUUACCUCAGUGUCCUCCAGACUUCUCAGCUAUGAUCCUGGUAACUGGGUUGCAGCAAUAGAACUCUCAAGGGAAUCCAGAUUGAAGAAGGAUACCAUAAAUCAUGGAUAAGUGUGUUACAUUUCUGAACUUUCUCUGUUCUAGAUAACUGCUAUAUGGCAAAUAAGCCUGCUAUAUAUCUUGUAGGGGUGUGGGGGGUGUUUUUAAGAAUAAAACAUCUACUUUUCUACAA